UGUCUAUCAAAACCUACUGUGCACACGCUUUUCAUACCAGUGCCCCAGGAGAAUGGCUUUUGUGAAGCCACCUCAUUCUGACUCCUAGAAUGCUGGAUUCAAGUAGACUUGUAAGCAGUGGAAAGCUUCGGCAGAGAUCCAUAGGCUGUGGAUAUGAAAAAUUGGAAGAUGAACUUUGCAUCACUCUCCUUGGAUGACUUCUCGCUGGCAAAGAGUACAUUGCUUCACCAAAAGACACUGCUCCUCUCUUAGAGGUUCAGAGUGUUGAUGAUCCCUCUAACUAUCGUCACAACGCACAGCUGUUUGGAUUUAGAGGUAGCAGAAAUUACUAGGCCAGACUUGCAUUUCAAACUAUCAGAAAAUUAAGCCAACAGGAGAGGAGAUGUCAAAUUGCUUGAGGACAUCAAUCUUUAGCAAUGUGUGCAUCUCUUCUACCCUUCUCUCCCGACUUCAAAUUUCUCUUAUGCUCCCAUCUCCCGAAAGCAGAGUAUCACGCCUUGGUUCUCUAAGUACCUGUGGGUGGACUGAAAAACAAGCACCAGCAGGUGUCUGGCUCCAAGCUGCAAACCUACCUUUUGUCAUCAAGGAGAAAAAAGGGUUCUUCCACGAAACAGAAUGUGUUUCUCCUGUUGUCCACAUAACUCAGCUCCCAACACCUCUGUCCUACAUGGAAUCACUGCCAGCGAGCCUCAUGCCCACAGAGACCAGGACAAGGUUCCAGAUGCUCUGCAAGCGCAGCUAUAGACAGUUUGAAGCCACCAUGCGAGUGCCAGAAACUGAGCUGACAUUCUCUGUAAGAGCUACUGUUACAUGCCCUCUUCACUUCAGUCAUCCACCGGACUCCUGCCAUCCUCUGGGGGCUCACACCUGGGAGCUAAGACAGAUGCUCUCUGUUGACUGUUUGUCUUUGAAGAAGCCGCCUGACCACGCCUACCGCCUGAGUAAGCAGCCAGUAAGACUCCAGCCAGCCAGCCAGCCAGCAGCCUGAAGAUCUUCUGAA